CCGAAGCCCCCCGGACCGGACUCUCGGGUCACCUGUUGUGCUGGAGUGAGACAAGGCAGCCCCUGGGAAUCUACAGGCUUUGCUUCUCCCUGUCAGGUAACCCCUUCCUCAACUGCCACCAUGCCUUUCGGGAACACCCACAACAAGUGUAAGAUGAACUACCCGGCGGAAGAGGAGUUUCCUGAUCUUUCCCUGCACAAUAACCACAUGGCCAAGGCUCUCACCUUGGAGAUCUACAAGAAGCUGCGUGAAAAGGAGACCUACAGUGGCUUCACCCUGGAUGACGUCGUCCAGACAGGCGUUGACAACCCAGGCCACCCCUACAUCAUGACCGUGGGCUGCGUGGCUGGCGAUGAUGAAUGCUAUGACUGCUUCAAGGAGCUUUUCGACGUUGUAAUCCAUGACCGUCACGGAGGCUACAAACCAACUGACAAGCACAAGACCGACCUGAACCAUGAAAAUCUGAAGGGCGGUGAUGAUCUGGAUCCCAACUAUGUGCUCAGCACUCGCGUGCGGACUGGCCGCAGCAUCAAGGGCUUCUGCCUGCCUCCCCACUGCAGCCGUGCAGAGCGCCGUGCUGUGGAGAAACUUGCCAUCACUGCCUUGAACAGCUUGACCGGAGAGUUUAAGGGGAAGUACUACCCCCUCAAGAACAUGACCGAUGCAGAGCAGCAGCAGCUGAUCGACGACCACUUCCUCUUCGACAAGCCUGUCUCCCCACUGCUGCUUGCUUCAGGGAUGGCCCGCGACUGGCCAGAUGGCAGGGGCAUCUGGCACAAUGACAACAAGACCUUCUUGGUGUGGGUGAACGAGGAGGACCACCUCCGCGUCAUCUCCAUGCAGAAGGGCGGCAACAUGAAGGAAGUCUUCCGGCGCUUCUGUGUGGGUCUGCAGAAGAUUGAGGAGAUCUUCAAGCAAGCUGGCCACCCAUUCAGCUGGAAUGAGCACUUGGGCUACAUCCUGACCUGCCCCUCCAACCUGGGCACGGGCCUGCGUGGCGGCGUCCACGUCAAGCUGCCUCACCUCAGCAAGCACGCCAAGUUUGAAGAGAUUCUCAAGCGGCUCCGUCUGCAGAAACGCGGCACAGGUGGUGUGGACACUGAGGCCGUGGGUGCCAUAUUUGACAUCUCCAACGCCGACCGCCUGGGCUCCUCCGAGGUGGAGCAAGUGCAGCUGGUGGUGGACGGCGUGAAGUUCAUGGUGGAGAUGGAGAAGAAGCUGGAGAAAGGGCAGGCCAUCGAUGACAUGAUCCCCGCCCAGAAGUGAGAGGCCGCGCACUGCCACGCCAACCCUGCGCGGACUGGGGCCUGGACUCCAGGGGUGGCCCCAACCCUGACACACUUGGCGGCAGCUCCCAGUGCUUCCCUCUCCCCCCACAAGGGCUGAGGGUGGGGGCGGCUGCCCCUUUGUCAGCUGGGAAGCUCUUGUCAUCGGAGCCGCCAGGGUGAAGGAGUUAAUAAAGCUCAGAAGUGGCCCCAGAGCCUUGCCUCCC